AUGAUGAGCACUAUGAACGGGGAAGAUGCGUGGCUCCAAUAUAACAAAUAUAUUCCUGCGCGUAUUCGACAGCGAUCAUGUCGCUUGAAUAUCCGACUUCCAAAGAACAGGCAAGAGCCAGCAUUGGAUGCCGUCAACGAGAUUGACGCGAUGGAAUCCAGAGCCAGGGAAUACGAUGAAUUUCAUAGCUUAAUUCCAGACAGGGAAUUAGUAUUCCCACCCUUCUCUGGGCUCACACUAGAAGCUAGCCUGCUCGAGCAACUAGCUGAUAGGCUUAGAGCAAGUUUGUUUUACCUACAGGUAAAAUCUAUCUAUCGGCGUGAAGAGACAUAUUUUAUCAAGGGUUAUAUAUGCUGUCGGAUUGAUCCUGGUGAGAAAGGGUUUACAGAACUCUUGGCACAAACUUCAGAAUUCAGGGUCAAGGAGAGGCCCGUUAGCAUCGAAAAAAUCCUUUGUGAACCGGGGUCACCACCAAUGAGCCUACCAGUCGAGUUCAGCCACCAGUCGCCCACUGACUUAAUUCGUAUUGAUGUGGACUUCGGGAAGCCGUACAAGACCACAAUAAGUGGGUUUCCUAUAAGACUCAAGGUACGUCCGUCUCUAUUGGCUAGUCUAAACUGCUGA